GGAUUAGAAAGCAAUAUACAUGUGGCGAUCUACUUGAGGCAGUAAUGACUGAAUCAUAUAGCUUUUAUUAGUGGGACAAAGGUUUCCAUACAAGCUCCGUCACCCUAGCAGGAGAGAGUUCCUCUCAGGACAGUGUGUUUGCGGAUCCCUCCUGAUGGAAAAAUGGCUGCCUCUCUCUUCACCAAGGAAGGAGAUGGCAUGAUAGUAAAAGCGGGAUGGAUCUUCAGACAAAAAGCGUUUUUCCGGAAGUGGAAGAAGAGUUGGAUCGUCGUCUGCUCGGGUGGACCAGUCAGGGUGUUCAAAAAUAAAAAUGCUAGUCGGCCUCAGAAAUCUUACGAUCUCAAAAUGGACUGCAUCGUCAUCAAAACAGGACGUCAGUGUCAGUAUCUUCUUCCACCAAACGGCAUCGAUUCAUCAGCGCUCAUAGAAAUCGUUCUUACCGGUGAUAGAGCCAUUAAACUCUGCGCAAACGACUCGGAAACCGCCAGGAUGUGGACUAGCGCAUUAAUGAAGGCCCAGUCUGGCAAGGACCUGCCCACCCCUCGUUGGGAGAGGAGAAAUCUAAACAAGGAGGAGGUCCUCAACUUAGAAUAUCGAAGCUGCUGGUAUGCAUGCUGUAGGAAUAAUCAAGUGGACGACUUCUGACAACAGUCAACAACUACAGCAGUGCAAUAGGAAAGUUCGAAAGAUUCAGAUAAUAAAGACUACAUUGUACUUGUUUUAUCCCCAUAAAGACAACCCAAUAUUGCUCAUAGAAAAUAGAUAACUUGAUCCCAUUAACCCAUUUUAAAAACACGGUGAAUUCAAUAUCAAAAGCAUAACCACUUGCAGAUCACACAGAUGAAUGUGUAUCGUUACACUUCAUUGGAUAUUUUCAACACAUGUAUUAGCAUUUGCUUUAAGGUGGUAUGGGACACCUCCAUACUGUGACACAUUUUCUAUCAAGAUAACCAAGAAAACUAGUACAAUUUUAUAAAUGUUUCUUUCCCAAAAUUGUAACCGAACCGCAUAGCACUAUGGGUUAUGUUACAUUAAAGUUUUAAAAUUCAGAGAAUUUAAAACUAUCGUCAACUACGAAUUUGAAAGUCAUAAGUUCAAAUUUUGCUGGGGUUUUAUUUUUUAACAAAUUUUAAAACAUUUUUUUUGGUGAAAUA